CUAGCCUGGGUUUCCUCUCAAACCUUGUUGCUAGGUGUUUCGGCGUCUUUUGUAUGCACGGUUGCUAGCUAACGCACUACCUGACUUGCUGUUUUUAGCCACACAGCAGCUCAAGUAAAGCCAUGCACAGUAUGGACUAUAGAGCUACCAACUGUGGAUAUUUAACUAACGCUUUGUAAUGUAAGCUAAUAUUCAGAAGAUGAUUGACACGCGAAAAGGUUCUUCACAGUUUGAGUGAUGCUCCAGCAGCUGUUUAAUCGGAGAGCAGAUCUUUGCUGUCACUAGGCUUUAUAAAAGGUCUUGGGUGCUCACAUGAGUUCCAAGGAGACUGCCAAGAUGGGAGACAUCUUGGCCAAUGAAGCUGAUCUUCUAGGGAUGAUCAGGGAGUACCUUAAAUUGGAAGAAUUCAAUGACACGGUUUGCAGUUUCGACGAGGAGUGCAAAAACAAAGGCAAACUCGUCUCGAAGCCUCAAGGAAAUACUUUACGGGACUCAAAGACUCUCAUCACUCAGAAAGACCUGCUCAGCGCCUUCGAUGAUGGAGACUAUAAGGUGUUCUUUGAGCUGUGGACGGAGAACAUUCCCUCUGAGGUCAAAGACACAGACAGCCAGGCCCAGAGGCUGGAGUUCUACCUGCACAUCCACUUCACCAUCCACCCACUGAGGAACCACCCGGGCUCACACGACCGGGCUGAGUUUGACAAGAGGAUCUCCCACUUCAGGCAGUACCUGGAGACUCGGGGGGCAGCGCUGAGCCAGACCACCGAGUUCCUGCCUUACUACGCCCUGCCCUUCGUCCCCAACCCCACAACCCACCCCUCCUUCAGAGAUCUUUUUCAGGAUUCGUGGAUGCCGCAGCUGAAGGGGAAGCUGGAGCAGUUCCUGUCAGUGACGCUGAAGGCCCGCAGCACUCCCAGACUGCUCAUGUUAUAUAAGGACGGUGGGAGGAGUACCAAAGAGGCCAUGCAGCAGUUACAGCUCCAGCUGGUUGAGUCGGAGCGGCGGACGGCCAGUUACAUGCGCAGGUUCAACAAGAUGCAAGCCAGCUACCACAACCUGAUUGGAAUCACCGCCGAGCUGGUGGAGUCGCUGGAGGCCACAGUCAGCGGAAAAACGAUCACUCAGGAGUACCUGCAGAAUGUGUGUGUUCGCCUCUUCAGCAGCAGGAUGAGGCUGUCUGCAGCACAGAGCGCUGACUUCACCAGGCCUGGCACUGGCUAUUACUCUAUGAGUCCCUAUGAUGACGGCUAUGCCUCCUCAAUGCUACGAGCAUCCAUUGCACUGCAGAGACCGAAGGAGGUGCCAAUGCUGCCUUCUCUGGACUAUGAGAAGCUGAAGAAAGACCUGGUGGAAGGCUCAGACAGGCUGCAGUCCCUGCUGCUUCAGGCUCUGCGCUGGAGGCUGACUCGCUCGCUCCAUGGUGAACAGAGAGAUGCAGUGCUGCAGGCCUACAUCAGCAACGACCUGCUGCACUGCUACAGCACCAAACAGCAAACUGUGCUCCACUUGCUGAGGUCCAAGAACGAGACCGUCCGACAAUACAUGGCCCGUCUCAUCAAUGCAUUUGCUUCCCUUGCAGAAGGUCGGGUCUACCUCUCCCAAAUCCACUGUCUGGUAAAACUCCUGACAGAAACACUCAGGAAGGAGGACGAAGACCCUCUCACCAGGAAGAAUGUUCUGGUAGCCUUGCAGAAACUCAGCCUCAGGCGGAGCCAGCAGACUGCCAUGAUAGCAGAUGAGCUGAUUGGCUGGCUGGUGGACGAGCUGCAGGACUCGGACUGUCUGAGUGACUACACCCUGGAAUACUCGGUGUCUCUGCUCAUGAACCUAUGUCUGCGCACAAAAGGAAAAAGGAAGUGUGCAGAGAGCGCCAAGCAUGUGCUGAAGGUUCUGACCGACCUGCUAGGACAUGAGAACCAUCAGAUUCGUCCGUAUGUGAAUGGAGCCCUGUACAGUAUCCUGAGUAUUCCCUCUGUGCGACAGGAAGCCAGAGAGAUGAGUGUGGAGGAGAUCCUGUGCUGCUACAGCAAAGAGGAGAACCCCGAGCUCAACAGACAGAUCGAAUUCAUCAUCAAACAGCUCAACUCAGCUGAGGAAGAGGGGCCCGAAUCAGAUGAUGAAGAUGAAGAGGAUGAUGAUGAUGAAGAUCUGAUGGAGACAGACCUAGAUAAAGAGGAAGUUCUCCAGCCACAGCCCAGGGAGCUGUCUGGCGAGAGCCUUCUCACCACCGAGUACCUAGGAAUCAUGACCAACAUGGCAAAAGCGAAAAGGAAAUCUGCCUCUCUAACUCAGCCAAGCGUUGAUGAACCCCUACAGCGGCCAGUCACUCCCAGUUCUCAUCGGAAUGGGAACACAAUGGGCUUCCGAGCUGGCAGUCAUGGACAUGAAGGAAGCAGGGACAGGGAGUAUCCUCUGAGCAGACGGAGGAGUGAGGGGGGCAGCCUGCCUCCUUCCAGAUACAGCUCCCGACCUCCUACACACGCCAGCAGCCGGCCCAGUACCGCCGACUCCCUACAUCCCAGCAUCGACUCGGAGUGUGGCCGAUUGUCCCAGGAGUCAGGGCUGGAUGGGCCGUAUGAGGGCCAAGCCAGAGAACGAUGUUCCCAGGGGGAACACAACACACACUGUGCCAGCAGUGAAAAUGUCUCUGCAUUUGUGAGCCAGCCCAGGAUUCCCCGAACGCCCGAUGCUGCAGCCCAGCAGAACAGCACUCGGAGAGGUCACGGCUUGACGCCGGCCCCCCGGUUUUCCCAGUCAGAGCCCCAACUGAGCAGCCGCCCGGCCUCAGCUGCAUCCAGUGGAGGAGGGGGACAACAAACCAGCCAGUCACAGAGGAGGUGAGGAGGGAGCUGUCAGCGUGGAGCAGCUCUAUCUCCCUGAGAGCAUCCAGCUUCCUGUAACAUCAUCCCCCUGGUUCUGAUCAGGGUCAGAGCAGCAAAGACGGUCAGGGAAUGGCUGGAGGGGGGGGGCAACAAGAGGAGGAAGUGGAACAAUGUACACGAUUGUGGCUCCAUCCCCCAUGCCAUCCUUUUUUUUGCCAGCCUCUGUACAAACUCUUUCUGUAAUGUAGCAUGAGGUCAGCUAAUAAGCACAACAAGCCCGCCCCCCGCCCCCCUGAGUCCCGCCGGCCAGCCCUGUGCUCCCGUACCCUCUGAUCUUGAGUGGGCAUGUGCACACGCGACUGAACACUGCAGCUGACUGGCUGUGCCGCUUAGUUCCUCCAACACCACGGCGUCCUGUUCAGCUUCCGCAUUAAUCAAUACUCUCUUGAUGUUUCCUCUCUGUGGGCUUGAAAUGAUGUGACGUGUCCACUGGGCUCUGAUCAGAGCACCUCUUGGGGUUGGGUUGCACCGUCCCUGCUGCAUCUCAGCAUGCCGCAGAGGAUCACAUGUUCCUACAGAACAGAAAAACUGUGAACAAACCUUACCCCACCCCGGCUGUUAGCUUGGACAGUCGUGGCUCUAUCUUCCUCUCAUCGUUACUGAGUGCUGGAUACUGGCUGGAUGCUCCAAAUGCUAACUGUUAGCCUCCUGCUAACAUUCGGAAAGAGAACUGCCUUAACAACUACGACAACAUGGGCACACGGACAGUACAGUGAGGUGACAAUGUAUAAAAGUGGCUGUAAUUCCUAAACAGUUAAUGCCAUAUUCUUGUUCAACCCCUUGAAUUAAAGCUGAAAGUCUGCACUUCAGUCACAUCUUUAUUCCAUUUCCAAUCCACAGUGGUGGUGUACAAGGGCAGAAUACUUUGUCAUUGUCCAAAUACUUACGGACUUACUUGUAUUUUUGCUCAAAUUAGUGCUGAUAACUUGAUUUUCCCAUUUCAUCAUCUGAGAGAGCUGGUAAUUUUUCCACUCCCUGUAUUAUAGUACUAUCAACAUUAGGCUC